GUUGGAUAUCAUUGAAAUGUCUUUCGCUGGAAGCUUCGUUCUUGACAAAAGAGAAAAUUAUGACGAAUUAGCUACAGCGAUUGGGGCAUCAAACGAUCAGAUUGCCAGAGGUCGCAACUCUCGACCAACAACUGAAAUAACGGUUGACGGCGAGGAAUAUACGGUAAAACGGAUUUUUCCUCACCAGACUACGGUCAACAAAUUUACACUGGGUGUACCGACAAAAUUGACAUUGUUAGAAGGGAAACGAGCAGUCGCGACUGUUACUCUUCAAGGAAGCAAAUUAGUGAUGAGUAACGACAAUUUUUCGUGUGUUUCGGAGAUUGUUGAUGGAAAUUUGAAAGAAAUUUUGACAUUCAAUGGGAAGACGAUGACUAGAUCGUCCGUCAAAGAAAACAAAAUGUCUCUCAGCGGAAAAUUCAAGAUGGUUAAAAGAGACAACUAUGAGAAGUUUGCUGGUGCUAGUGGAGCAACCGAUGAGCAGAUUAAACGAGGCAGUGAGACAACAUUGGAAACUGAAGUCACACAAGAUGGUGACAACAUCACCGUGAAAAGAAUUUAUCCGAAUCAAACAGUUUCGAAUACUUUUCAACUGGGAGUACCAAACGACUUCAAUUUCCCUGAUGGCAGAAACGCAAAGGCAACUUGCACUAAGGAUGGAGAAAAGAUUGUCUUGAAAGGAGAGAAUUUCUCUCAAAUAUCAGAAAUCGAAGAUGGCAAAUUGAAGGAGACUCUCACAUUGAAAGGAGUCUCGAUGGUCCGGUGGUCAGACAGAUGCUAGUUUUAAACUCGCUUAAUUUCAACAUAACUUCUAGUUCAAAAUUUUCUGUAACGUUUAUUUUCUAUGUGCCUCGAAAUCCUGAAAACAUUUUAUAUCAAGUUCUGUUACUCGAAAUAAAUGGUCAUUAGUGGUUUUAAAUGUCAUGUAUUGAAGUCUGAUAAAUCAGUGUAUAACCAAUUCGAUUUUGGUAAAAAUUUGACGCACGCAAUGAUCUUAGGCACUAUUUAUAUAUACAUGCAGUAGAGCUGCCAAUAUGAUAUCAAAAUUUCAUAGGAA